CAGCGGCGGCCGGCAGCUUCGUUCCCAUCGUCCUCCUCCUCCUCCUAUUCUUCCUCCGCCAGUGAGGCUUUCUCCGCCUUGGGAGCGGGCUCACCUAGGGAGCGAGCGAGGGGUAGACAGGAGGGCGGGCGGGCUGGGGAGAGGAGGCUUCGGCCAUGGCUACUACCACCAGCACCACCGGCUCCACCCUGCUGCAGCCCCUCAGCAACGCGGUGCAGCUGCCCAUAGACCAGGUCAACUUUGUAGUGUGCCAACUCUUUGCCUUGCUAGCAGCUGUUUGGUUUCGAAUUUAUCUACAUUCAAGCAAAACUAGUUCUUUUAUAAGACAUGUUGUUGCCACCCUUUUGGGCCUUUAUCUUUCACUUUUUUGCUUUGGUUGGUAUGCCUUACAUUUUCUUGUACAAAGUGGAAUUUCAUACUAUAUCAUGAUCAUAAUAGGAGUUGAAAAUAUGCACAAAUAUUGUUUUGUGUUUGCUUUGGGAUACCUUACAGUGUGCCAAAUUACCAGAGUCUAUAUCUUCGAUUAUGGACAAUAUUCUGCUGAUUUUUCAGGACCAAUGAUGAUAAUUACACAGAAGAUCACUAGUUUGGCUUAUGAGAUUCACGAUGGUAUGUUUCGAAAAGAAGAAGAACUAACUCCAUCACAGAGAGGUUUGGCUGUAAGACGCAUGCCAAGUCUACUGGAGUAUUUAAGUUACAACUGUAAUUUCAUGGGUAUCCUGGCAGGCCCAUUAUGCUCUUACAAAGACUAUAUUACUUUCAUUGAAGGCAGAUCAUACCAACUGACACAGUCUGAAGCAAAUGGAAAAGAAGAGAUACAAUAUGAAAAAACAGAACCAUCUCCAAAUGUUGCAGUACUGCAGAAGCUCUUAAUCUGUGGACUUUCCUUAUUAUUUCACUUGACUAUCUCCAAAUCAUUACCUGUAGAAUACAACAUUGAUGAUCAUUUUCAAGCUACAGCUUCACUUCCAACAAAGGUUAUCUAUUUGUAUGUCUCACUUAUGGCUGCCAGACCCAAAUAUUAUUUUGCAUGGACUUUAGCUGAUGCUAUUAAUAAUGCAGCUGGAUUUGGUUUUAAGGGCUAUGAUAAAAAUGGACAAGAAUGUUGGGAUUUAAUUUCCAAUUUGAGAAUCCGACAAAUAGAGUUUUCAACAAGUUUUAAAAUGUUUCUUGAUAACUGGAAUAUUCAGACAGCUCUUUGGCUUAAAAGGGUCUGUUAUGAGAGAGCCUCCUUUAGCCCAACCAUUCAAACUUUCAUCCUUUCAGCCAUUUGGCAUGGUGUAUAUCCAGGAUAUUACUUAACAUUUUUAACAGGGAUGGUAAUGACAUUAGCAGCACGAACUAUGAGAAAUAACAUUAGACAUUACUUUAUUGAACCUCCAGAGGUUAAAUUAUUUUAUGAUGUCAUAACAUGGAUGGCAACUCAAAUAGCAAUAAGUUACACAGUGGUACCAUUUGUACUUCUCUCUAUAAAACCCUCUAUUUUGUUUUUCAGCUCCUGGUAUUAUUGCCUUCACAUUGCUGGCAUCUUGGUAGUGAUCUUGUUGCCGGGGAAAAAAACUAUCAGAGGAAAGAAAAUACAGCAAGAAGACCACCUCUCACAAUCCAAAAAAGUAGAGGAAGAACAAAGUCUUUUGGGACAGAACAGUUAUUUAGCAACAAAUAACGUCCGCAGUCAGCAGAAAAAAGUAACUCCCAGAUAUUCAACACUAAAACAAUGAUGGAGAGAAUAUUAAGCUGGCUAUUUUUCAUGUCUUCAGAAAACAGUUUUAGCACCUUUUACAGAGGUUUGUAUUCAACUGAAACAAAAUUAAGUGACAAAAUGGACAUAUAUAAAUAUAAAUAUAUACAUAUAUAUAUAGGGAAUAUCUUGUAUAAUAAAUAGACUGCAAAUAGAGUGAAUUAACCCCUCCUGUGCCAUGUCCCUGUGGGUCAUGCCUUAUAUGAAAAUAUUUCUAUAAUUUCAAUGGGCACUCAGGACUUCAACGUAUGUCCAUAGGGUCAUAUGGGUGCCCUUUGAUGAAUGUACGUUGUAUAUCCUAAGGCACUGAGGGGGGUAGAAACAAUUGUGUCAAUCUAGAUGAAGAGAGGGAAAUUUAACUUUUCCAGAUAAAUGCUUUGCCUUAAAACCCUCUAUUUACUGAAAUAAUUGUUUCUAAAUGGUAUUUUCAUGUUUAAUAUUUGUGUAAAAAGAUGAUUUCAGAUAUUUAAUGUUAAAUGCAGUAAAGGAAAUUAGAAGAGAGAAUUUUAAUCAGAACGUUGUAAAUGGUUUGUAAAAUGCAAUAAACAUCUCAGUAUUUCGAGGGUUUUCUUACAAUUAUCUCAAAACAACUUACGUAAAUUGCAGAGUUGUAAACAUUACCAAUGCCAAAAUAUAAGUAGCCUUGAUUGGCUGAUUUUAAUUAUAUUGUUUCAGUCAGAUUGAACCCUUCUUAGAAUAUUUUUCUUAGACAUAUAAUUUAAAUAUGGAAAAUCGGAUAUUUUGAGUUUUUUUUUUUUUUAACUUUUUUUAAAAAAAAGAAAACAGUAAGUGGACCUUGCAAUUAGAGACAAGUUGGCAAUCAUAGGACCCAGAUCAAUAAAUUGCAAGUACGUACCAGGUGCUCAGCAGAAGUGCUACUUACCCCCUAACAUGUCUGAAUUUAUGUUAUUAUUGUGUUUAGAAUAUUCACAGAUUUAAUAACUAAAUUUCUUUAGAAUUUUUAAAAUAAAGCUUAUCAGGCAUAAAAACCUAUAGAAUUAGAAAUAGAUUAUUAAAUGAUAUAGCUAAAACAGGAUCAUGGAAGUAAGUAAAACAUUUUCACUGGGUUAAAUAUAAAAGCAGGUUACCUUAGGCUAAUUAUGGACUAUUUAGCCUCUGAAAUAUAACAGCCUAAUUCAUGUUUUGAAAAAUUUAAGGGGAUUUAUAUGACUGUUGGUAGAAAAGAUAAACCACAUCUUUAGAAAAGCUUACACAAAGUAAUAUUUAGAAUUAUUAGAUAGUGUAUAAAGUAUUGUCAUUUAGCACCUUUUAAUUGGAAAUUCUCUAAGUACAAAAAUAUGCUUUUAUUUUUAUUUUGGACCAUUUUCAUGUGCUUCCCCUAAAUACUACAACAUUGUCAUUAUUCCCAAAAGCCAUAUAAUUCUUUUGCAUUAAUUUGAUCUUGGUUGUGACUAAGAAAUAGCAUAUAAUUAUUAAUUUUGUACAAGGACAUUUGUCAGGAACCAUUAAAAAACCAUUCAGGCUCCCUAAAUAUUGUAAUAACAGGGCUCCUAAUAUAUGGAACUGCUGAAAAAAGGAAGAAAGAUGUGUUUUCAUUUUUUCCUGACAUUUUGUUUUGCCUUACUUUUAUUAAAUGCAAACUUUUUACAUUCACCAAUUCCUUUUUGAUAGAUUAUCAUGUACAAAUUAUGAUUAACAAAUUGAGUUAAGGGCACAGCCUAAUAAUGUGGGAAUGUCUGAAGUAGUGCUGGAUUUUGUAGUGGUUUUUUUUUUUCUUUUUCAAAAAAGCAAAGAAAGCUAAGACACCUGCCAUUCAGCAGGUCCUAAUCAGCAAAAAUGUACAAUUGCCUUUUUUUUUUUUUUUUUUUUUUUUUUUUUGAGCCUUAGAAAAAUAUCAUAGACUGCCUUGGCUCAGUCUUUGUUGAAGCGUCUUGUUUCACAUCUGUCUGGAAAUGUAGGUGGGGCUGGCCCUCUCCUAAGAAUUUUCCAGGAAGAAAUGGAAAAUGAAAGCAUAUUGAAAUUAAGAUACAGAGAGGACAGAAAUGAAUGUACACAGAAAGACCAGUUAAAUUUGUUGGCAGAAGAGUUUUACCUUAAUGAUGAGUAUGGCAGAAAACCUAAGGACUCUCUAAGAAGAAUUAUUAGAGUAUUGGUUUUAUUUAGACCUUUCUGGCUAGUGGAAAACACAAGCCUUGUACCUAAAUAGGGAGCAGAAGGAAGCUCAAAUAAUCUUUUUAUUUGUCUGCCUUGCCCUUAAGAAAAUAAUAAAUAACCAGCAUCCAUUUUAGUUUGACAUAAUUUGUUUGCAGACUCUGGAAGAUUACCUAACCAAACUGCUCAUUUUACAAGUGAGCAAACUGAGACCCAGAAACAUAACAUGAUUUACCCCAAAUCACAAAGCUGUAGAACCAGAACUGUAUUUCCAAUUGAGUCCUCUUUCCAUCCCAUAAUGUUUCCUCCCUCACUUUAGUAGGCUGCUGUUUUAUGAGGUUCAGUCAUCAUUUGUCUGUAUUAUUAAAAUGAAAAUUUUUUUCAUUCACUCAGUUCCUGCCAAAGUAAAUAAUUUUUUUUCCUCUGGUCCAGGACAAAUUAUAGCAUAGACCUUUGCUUCAGAAAGAUCAGUGGACUUAACUGGUUUCUAGCUUCUAUCUUGGUUUCUAGCUAAAAAGAAUAUUUCAUUCCCUGUCAAAAUAGAAGAGCAUUAAUGCCAUAUGUAUCCCCAUCACAGGGCCUGGCUCUUGAUAAGCAAAUAUAACUAAAUAUUUGGUGAUUAAUUAUUUGUGGAAUGUUAUAAAGAUUAAUGUGUUGACUGUUUCUUUUGGAGGAUUAUACGCUAAUGGGCACUUGCUUUAAAAAAUAAUUUUAGCAAUAGUGCAGCUAGAUUUUAUUUUUUCAUUUCUUAAACUGGCAUUAGUGAAUUAUACACAUAAUUUUUACUUUGUGGUGAUUAUAUACAAAAUAUGUAAAAUGCAUAGUUUAAAUUUGAGGAUGUUAGAUCUUUAACUAUUCUUACUAUUUCUCUCCUUGUUUUUAUUUUUAUCGUGCAGUUAAUUUCUAUUGUAAUUUAAAUGAGUAAUCAAUAUAUUGAUUAAAAUAACUAAAAAAUCCAUCACUAUUUUACACAGUUCGGUUCUCUAAUUUUGAAAUAAACAUUUUCUUUGGAAUGAAGGAUAAUAGAAAAAAUAGAUGUGUCUGACAAAGAACAUGUCCCUUCAUCUCAUGCCAUCAAGAUUUAGGUUUUUUUAACUCUUAUGGUCGUGUGUGUGUGUGUGUGUGUGUGUGUGUGUGUGUAUGCACAAAGCACCAUUUUUCUCAUCUGUAAAAUGAGAAUAUUAAAUUGGGUGAGUUCUAACGUACCUUUUAUCCCUGAAGAUUCCGAACUUUUAUAGGUUCCUAUAGGUACCUAUAAAAGUACAUGGCCAAGGGAACACUUAAGGAAAUACAGCACAUUUAUAUUAUUAUUGUCCCUUAGUAUUAGUAAAACUAAAAGUCCAGAGAUCUGUGUUCUUAUUCCUGGUUAUUUGAUUAAUGACCAGUGUGACCUUGGGCAAGGCACUUAAAUUACUUGAGUUUCAUUUUUACUCAUCCAAAACUACAGAUUUUGAUUAGCUAGUAGCCACUAGUCCUUUUUCAGUUCCAAAAUCCUAACAUAAUGUACAUAGAGGGACUGGAAUGCUAUGGAUAGAAUCAGCAGGCAAGUUUUAUAGAUAUGUAUAAGAAUAUAAACUGCUGUCAUUGUAUUCAUUUAAUAUCAUGAAAUAAAAAUUGUAACUGUGCAAAAGGUUGUCAUGGUAACACAGGAAAAUUCUUGAGCGCAGUGAAUCAAAAGGCCUGUCAUUGUAACAUUUCUGCUGAAUAGAUCUCUUAAAAUAAUUCACUAAUAAUACAUCAAUUUGUAUACAUCAGAACAUGGCAGAUUUUCCUCUUACUUUCUCUGCUUUCCCCCCUCCCCCUACUUUGUAUGAUUUUGAAUCAGGAAGAAAAAAAGUAACACUAUAUCCCUUUUCUCCCUUUCCCCAUUGUUUUUAUUACCCAAGAAAUAGUACCAGUUAAUUAAGUGUUUCUUAAAUUAUUUCAUUAUAAAUUAUUUAAGACAUGUUUCAUUUCAAGAUUAUUUUUAUCAUAUUUCAAAUUGCAAGAAGUUCUUUACUUGAAUAAAAUGAAAUAUUUACCAUUAAUUUAAAUCAGAGAAUUCAUAUAUUAGGGUUUUUGCAAAGUUAAAUAUUUAAUUUUCAAUAUUUAUAAUUUAUAUGCACUUAUUUUAAACAUAAAUGGAAAAGCUUGAGAGUUCAUACAAUUCUAAUAUAUAUUUAUUUAAUUUUCUUCUUGCUACCAAUUGUUUGUAAUUGUUCAUUCAUAAGUUUUCCAAAGUAUUGCAUUACCAUCAGAAGAUAAAAAUAACAUAAAAGAGAAGUAGUUUGAAUAGUACAUGUUAUUAUGGUUUCAACUAAGGGCUUGCUCAGAGUUUUUAAUUAUAAACUUAUAUUUUAAGGAAGUUUCUCAGUCAUUAAAAUUCCAUCCAAGCUGAAAAGUAAAAUAUCAGAUUAAGUGUAGAAUUUUAAGGAACACUGUGAAAUUAUUCCUUAUGACCCUUCCCUACUGUAUAAUCAUCUUAGGUUAAGAGUUAAUUGGAAAUGUAUUUCAUUCUGUCUGUUUCUUGUACAAGUAAAUUAGUGAUUUUUCCUGAUGUGCAAGAAAAACAAUUACUUUCAAAAAUAAAUUCUCUCGAUAAUCUGAGCAUUCGGAAUUUAGUAUGUCACAAAUUUUAAGUCCCACACCUCCUAUUUAUGUUUGCAUAUUUAGUAUGAUAAAAGUAUAUAUUUAUAAUUGUGUGUAACAUAUUCUUUUAAAAGAAAAAGAUUUAUCAUGUUGUAUUUUGUAAUCAUGCCCUCAUAAUCAAUGAUUUAGCUGCUUUUAUCUAGGCUAUUAUUGUGUAAUAGAAAUAGCCAAUUUGGCACAUUGGCUAAUGAUUUUAAAAUAAUGUUGUUAAUAAUUUUAAUCAUUUUUUAAUAUUAUGUAAACCCAAGGGUGUAGGACUUGAGGAAGAAAACAGUUUUCCAAAGUAUAGCCUCAAUGCAUAUUUUUUACUUCAAAGCUAACUUUUGUUAUGUCUUUAAAACUCUUUUAUUUUGUGUUUUAACACUACAAUUUAAAAGGAAAAAACAAGCUAUAUAAUGUAAAAAUAAUUGUGUAAAGGCCCAGGUCAAACACAUUUGCCACAUCUGAAGACAGAAUGGUCAAACAGAAUACAGAGCAGUGGAGGAAAUAAGUGAUUUGUCCAAAUCCUUCUAAUGGAGAAAGAAGUACAAACUAUCUUCUGGACAGUAUCUGCCUCCUGCACAAUCUCUACUCUAGAAUUAUCCCUCUUUGAGAAGUUAGUUGGUAACAAUCUUCUGUGUUGUCUCUUUAGUGGAACAAUUAUUCAUUGGUCAAAAUGCCUAACAUAGAUUUUUGUUGAUCUGCAUAAGAUUCCUCAUUUUAAGCUUAUUUUAAAUCUUAAAUUUAAUCUGAUUUGUCUAGAAAAAUAAACUUGUUUCUAAUUUUUUUUCAUUUUGAAUAGAAAGUUGACCACCAAAUAGUCAUUUGUUCCAGUCCAGCACACAAAAUUUAUAUUAGAUCAGCUAGAAAAGAAUGAUCUCUGUCUUCAAAAGGGCCUAACAGAAAGCAGAAGGAUUGAAAGCAAAAACUCAUUCAGGGAACUGAGGAUGCUAUAAUAAAUUGUUCCAUUUGAGAAUUUAAAAUGUGUAAUUAAUUUAAUUCCUGUUUUGGUUCUACUUUAAAGAGUUUUAUGUCUUUGCAGAAGAGAGAUCCUUUCACUGGGGGAAAGAAACAAUUCUAGCAGUCAAUAUUUACAGUAUUCCUUUUCUUACCUUUCCUUGUUGAUAUUAGAAUACAGUGUCUGUGAUUUUAAUUUUUCUUAUUCUAAAAUAUAUUUUUAAUAAAAGUGUUAUUUUUCAACAGAUCCACAAACCUAGGUGUUGGUGAUUGGUAAAUUGAAAAUACCACUGUUAGCUACACUGUGAUGUCAUUUUAAUAAUUAUCCAUUUCUAGUCUCUGUCAGAGCUGCACUGGUAGCAUACUACAAUGUUUUAAAGGUGUUUUUAACUUCCAUAUAAAUGUUUUUCUAAUUUGUGUGUCUUUAAAAUUGAUUAAACAAUAGUUUAAAAA